AUGGUUAUUUUACUAAACGUUAUCUAAGUAAAAUAUGAGUGUGACUCGGUGGGAGUGUACAAAAUUGAUUGUUUGGCAACUUUUAUCGUGCGUCUGUGUAAUUUUGUAUCUGCUAGUGUUGUUUGCCACUAAGUUCGAUUUUAACCUUCAAGUACUUCUAAAAAUAAUAUUAUAAAGAUCAAGUGAAGCCUUUGUAAUUUUAAUUAGAAGCGGUUAGUGAACGGGUAGCCUAUAGCAAUCAAUUUGCUUGCGAGUCGUCAGCACGUUUGCGCGCGCGCACGCGCACACACACACACACACACUCACACUCACUCUGCGUUUGUCGGCUAUGCAUCAAUCAUACAAGCGAAGUUAAUGAAACAGGCGUGUGAUAAUCUUUUUGUCUGUUAAUGGUAAGUAAGGUACGAAAUUUACAAUUCUUGUUGUAGUACAAUUACUGUAUGUGCUUUUGCAAACCGCUUCUGGCUUGAUCACAGAACUAUUCGCGGCAUGCCAAUCUUGCACCGCAUCUGCAACAGCCAUUUUAUGAAGACGUAUUUAACGAGAAUUGAUGGGAUCGGUAGUUAGUUAAGCUAUCUGUUCUUUACAACAUGUUUCCUUGUCAGAAUUGCGGGGAAACAUGUGAUACCCCUGUGACCUAUGUGAAACAUAUGCGACUGCACAGCAAUGUCUCAAAUAUUGUAUUUCGUUGCUGCAUAUGUAACUGUAAUAGGAAGUUUAAAAAACAUGCAGCUUUGAAAUCUCACGUGUACAGACACCAUAAAGGAUAUAAGGCAGAAACCACAACGUGCACUACACUUUCAUUGGAAUGCCAUGUCGAUUUUUGUAGGGCCAAAAGUUCUUCUUUACCUGAGUUUAUUUCUCAUGUCAAAAUGCACAUUAAAGAGGGACGAAAAGUCACAUGCCCUUUCAAGCAAUGUGGGAAAACAUUUACUGUUAAGUCAACAUUUACCUCUCAUUUGACCAGAAAACAUAAAGAAAACAUAGGCUGCUUAAUUGACUCUGUUACAGCAACUCCUGAAGCCAACUGCUCUCAGAUUCAGGACAUUGAUGUUCAGUCUGAUUCACAGACUGAUACUGGUGAAAACUAUGAGGAACCAGAUGUAAGUCCUGAAAAUGUUGACGAGACUUUGUUUUUAAGGAAUCUUGCUCUGUUAUAUUUGAAAUUGCAAGCCAAACUAUUGCUUCCGGCCUCAGUCAUUCAGACAGUCAUUGAAGACAUGCAGUCAGUACAUGAAAUCAAUCAGUCCCAUUUGCUUUUCAGACUUCAAGAAAAGUUAAUCUCACUUGAUGUUCCAGAGGCAAUGAUAAGAAUGGUACUUGACGAUCUUAAAGCUGAAGAUCUUUUUACAUCAUGUAAUAAUCAUACAUUAAGAUCAGAUCAGCGAAGAAAAACAUUUUUCAAGAAAAGUUUUCAUUAUGUCGAGCCUGUGCCCAUUCUUCUAGGACAAAAUGAAGCAGGAAAAGAGUGUUUUGUGCAGUAUGUACCUGUAAAACAAACAAUUAAGUCUCUUCUUCACUGCAAGUCUGUCAGGGAACAGUACAGUGAUGUGCACAGUCGUGUCCAAUUGAAGGACAUUUUAAAGGAUGUGUGGGAUGGUGAAAACAUAACUGCAAACUUGCAUCACACAGAUGAAUCUGCAUUAGGCUUGGUCCUGUAUCAAGAUGCUUUUGAGGUUGUGAACCCUCUUGGGUCUGGGAAGAAAAAACAUAAAAUUCUAGCUAUGUACCUCACAUUAGCAGAUAUAUCUCCUCAUAAUAGAUCAAGUACUGACCAAAUGCAAUUGGUGUUUCUCUGCAGGGAACAAGACUUUAAGUACUUUGGUCAAGAAUUGGUCAUGAGGUGCUUAGUCAAUGACCUUAAAGACCUUGAAACUACAGGCAUACAUUUUCCAGACGGACUGAACGUUAAAGGAAUCUUGCGGGCAAUAGCUGGUGACAAUUUAGGCUCACAUAGCAUUGGUGGGUUUCUGGAGAAUUUCAGCGGUAGCAGAUUCUUUUGUAGAUAUUGUGAAAUGGACAAAUAUAUUUUUCAGGAAAAUCCACUUUCCAAAGCCGCAUUUCGUACAGUGGAGUCUUACAAAGAUCAUGUUAAGAACCUUGAUGAGGGUUUGGUGCAUAGUGGAGGCAUCAAGUUUGACUCUUUGUUCAAUGAGCUCUCCUCCUAUCAUGUCUGUCAGCCAGGGUUGCCCCCGUGCCUUGGACAUGAUUUGUUUGAAGGAGUCGUGUCGUAUGACCUUGCUUUAUGUAUACAACAUCUUGUAAAGGUUGACAGAAAAUUUACUUACCUGGAAUUGAAUCGAAGGAUCAGUCAGUUCAAGUUUCUAGGGAAUGACAACAGUGACAGACCGUGUGGGAUUAACCCAGGAAGUGAGAAGCUAGGUGGGCAUGCUGUACAAAACUGGUGCUUUUUGAGGAUGCUACCAAUGUUAAUUGGUGACAAAAUCAAAUCACCUGGUGAGAAUGAAGUUUGGCAACUAAUUUUACUGUUAAGGGAAAUUGUUGCACUUGUUUGUGCUCCAGCCAUAUCCAGUGGUCAGAUAGGGUAUUUGAGAGUCUUGAUUGAUGAGUACCUAUAUUUUAGGAAACACAUUUUUCCUACUUACUCUCUCAGACCCAAACAUCAUUACCUUAGCCACUACCCUGAACUCAUUAUUCAUUUUGGACCACUCAUCCGUUUGUGGACAUUACGAUUUGAAAGUAAGCACGUGUAUUUCAAACAGUGUGUAAGAAAAUUACAUAACUUUAAAAAUCUGUGCUUUACUCUCACAGAAAGACAUCAGCUACUGCAGGCAUUUCUUUGUGCUGGUGAGCUCUUCCCUCCUGCUAUUGUAGCAGAAAAGUCAACAGAGUUUGUGAGCAAUGGCCUCCUUGGUGGGAGAACUGAGGGAAAUCAUCCUCAAGGCUUUGCCGUCAAAUAAUGAGGACACCACACAGCUUUUGAUUGACAGACUUGUAGACUCUGGAUUGGAAUCCAAAGAUGAUCUUCAGUUCGUUCAACAAGAAGACAUCAGUGACAUACUACCAACUAUAAAACUCAGAAAACUUCUCAAUGCUUUUAAAAUGGAGUCAGAAACUGUCACUUUGGAUCUCACCAUCAUGCAGGCCACUCCUUCCUUAUCAUCUGGGAGCUCCUCACCACAGCCAUGCUCUUCUAAUAUGUCGGUCUCUACUGAUAGAGAAUCAAGCAGUCUUGAAGACAAUCAGCCAUCUACAUCCCAUAUUAGGAAAUCCUGGUCAGAUACCUUCCAGGUCCCAUGGCAGCUCAUGCCUUCAGAAAUUCAGUCUGCUAUCUCAUCUGGGAAGAGACCUUCACCACCAGCAAGAAGACAGAUGGUCAGGGUUCUUGCAGAUGCGAUGAGAAAAUGUGUGCCAACCCCAACACGUGCAGAGUGUGUUACCAUUUGCAAAGCUAUUGUACAUCAAUAUCCCCAGAGCUUUGCAGAUCAGCUUCAUGAUGGCCGAAUUGUUGGGGAAGGUUACAGCUCCCUCGUGGCACAGAUCAAGACAAGGAUCGAAAACCUCAGUCGGACCACCAGCUUCAGAGAGCACCGGUCAUGUGUCAGUGGUGUUAAAAGAGGACCCACUGACACAUAUGGUUGCACACGGUUCCAGCCUGAUCUUCCUUUAGAGGAAACUGAUAACUCCAUUGAGAGUAAACGUCAGAAGCUGCAGGAUCUCUACCGUCGUGAAGGAGCAAAGGGAGGUGAAAAGGCGGAAGUAGAACAACUGAUGGCGACAACUUUCUGUCUGCAACGAAGCCAAAUAAAUAGUGUGCCAGCACCUUCUGUUACCGAAUUAAUGGAAAAGUGGCCAUACCUGUUUUUUCAGAAAGGCCUUUUUGCACAUUUUGAGCUUCUUACCGACAUCAACGUGCUGCGGGCACUCGAGCUUUCUUUGGAGGAGUGUGGAAGGAUCAUUGUAGAAUUUUUUAAAAGAAAGCCUACCAACUCCGAAGUAAAAUCAAUCAUUUCCAAAGAUGAGGCCAGUGAUUCUUCUUACCUAGUGGUUCAACUCCUAAUGGCUCACUUCGCAGAAAAUCAGGAAGGACUCAUUCUACAAGAAAAUAUGUCUGCCACUCCUGCUGACCUCGAGAAGACGGGUAACCUGCCUGUGACUCCUCGUUUGAUCCUGCUUGGUGAAAAUCCGGGGCAAUGGAUGAAACGGUGGAUGAUCAGCCUGGAAGGGCGCAUAAUCUGCGAGGGUGUGCAGCCAACUUUUCUCACUGGACUUGCUGCAUUGUUCUCUCUGUAUUAUAUCUUUAAUUUGCAGUACCAGGAGGAAGCAGCAUCCACACUGGAAUUCCUUCAAAGACGUUUUGUUGGAAUAAAUCCGGAAAAGGGGACCAAGGCUGCACGGGGAAAAGUUACAUCCAAAAAAACUGGGAAAACAGUGCAAAAGAAAACCAUAACUGUCAACACCAAAGUGUCAAACCUCUUAAAGAGACUUAUGGACUUUGAGUGGGACUUCAUUUAAAAAGUGUAGUUGACACACCCCACACCCAUGCAGGUUGGUUUCUGAAAAAUGUGCUGGCCUGGUGAGUUAUACUUUGUUUAUACCAAGUUAUUUAGGUAUUAAAAAUGCUGAUGCUUUGUUAAAGCCUGUUUGAGUGUUUAUUUUAUUAAUUUUUUUAAAUAAUUGGUUGGUUUCAGUGCAAUUGUAUUUUUGAAGUAAUGUUUGGUGAAGCCUGAUUCGAUUUAUAUUUUAUAUACAGGUAGAUUGUCUAUAUAUUGUUUGUAUGUUUGCUUUUUCAUUAGCCAUUUUUGUAUUUUGAUAUGUUGAUGGGUGUUUAUUUUUUAUAUGCACUGAAUAUUACUUGAAUACUUUUACAUUUUUAUCGGAAUAAAAAAAAAAUACUAACUUGGCUUUAUUCCUUUUUGUUACCCAUAGACAAAUAUAAAAUGCUGAGUUAUUAUAGCAUUUAAAAUUUGAAUGAUUUGGUUGUGACUAGUAUGUCAUUUAACAGCUAUCAAUGUAAAAGAAUU